UUAUUUUUUCUUUGUGUUAUACGUAUACUUAUGUAGUGUUUCAUUCAGGACAUUUUUGGUUUUGUUUCCAUAUUUUUUUAUUUUUACAAUUUCAUGCGUCCAUGUUUAAAAUUAUUUUUUGCUAUUACUUUAUAACGAGAUUUCAAACAUUACCAUUCUUUUAAAUGGCCUUUGAAAUUAAAAAUCCUGGAAAACCAAGACAAGUGAGGGGUACUAAUGCAUACAAAUAUCGAAAUUUAUUUGUAUUUGGUGUAUUUGCUUUCAGUGGACUUUCUUGGUUCUUAUUUGAACAACUACCGACUACAAAAAGAUUAAAAGAAAAAAUUUACAGUGGUUAUUGGGAUAGAACACCAGAAGAUAAUUAUAGAUUAGAAAUGAUAAAACGUAAUUUGAAUCCUGAUAUGAAAGAUCUUAUGGCCAAAAGAGCUGAACUGUCAAAAAAAGAGCCUAUUGUACCAAUAAAAGUUUAAUUUAUAUGUUUUAGUUAAUAUGUAUAUAUAGUAGAUAUAUAAAAUAUAUCUUAACCUUAAAAGU